CGUGUCGGAAGGAAAGUAUCGCAGCAGAGAAUCGGGAAGAGGGUGCUGUCAGUCUUGCCUGGGAUUCGGCCUCUCCUGCCCGCUGCCAGGGUCCCUCUAAAGGACAGGAAGUAGCUGCCACUGAUGUUGGGGGGAGCCGGGGACAUGGCGGGGUGCAGCAGGCCGGAGCUGUACCGAUGGAAGAGGAUGGAGAAGAAGCCCAGCAGCAAGCCAAAAUUUGACCCUGACAGCGUGGAGCAUUGGAUAAAGAAAGUGGAACAGGCGUCGGAGUUUGCAGUCGCUGAAGUUUUCUCCCAUAAGAAGCCGCCAUCCCGCGGGCCGAGGCCCCCCUCCCUGGGCUUGGGGUCGGCAGAGCAGCUCUAUGAUCAUGAUGAUGCCUAUGCUGAAGCCCAAGAUCUGCUAAGUGAGUGGCUGAACACCAAGCUGAAGCUGGAAUUGGCCAGUGAGGAGGAAGAGGAGGAGCCAAGUGCAGACCCUGCUGAGCUCACUGAGCAGAAGCAGCCAACACCGGAGUUUGCCAGUUACAACAGGUUUGAUGACCUGUAUCAGCACCUGGAGCAGGAAACCGACAGUACCACAGCGCAGGAUUACAUACAGCAGCUACUCCAUAAGGAAGUGGUGGAUUCUGGGAUACUAGAUGACCUCUGGAGUGGGCGGAGCAAACCCAAGAAGCAGCGGGACCCACGACUUACAAUGGAACUGAGGCACCAGCAGGUGAAGGAAAACAGGGCCAAGCGGCAGCAGGAGCAGGAGAGGCAGCGGCAGGAGAGGGCCCUGAGGAAGGCGGCUCUGUCCCAGGCUCAGCUGAUGGUGCAGGAAGAGAACAAGAAGAAAGCGCUGAAGGCCAAGAUGGAGGAGGAGGAAAUCCAAAGGGAAGUGGUGAAGUUGCGCAAGGAAAUGACUGAGCGCAGGAAAGUCAUGGAGGAGGCGAGAAAACUCGAAUGGAACCGGCUGCGGGCACAGAAGGCCCCCGAGGCGCAGGGCACGGUGCCGCCGGCGCAGACAAUCUCCCAACAAGAACAGGAGGAGAGGAGGAAGCUGGAGAAACAGGCCAGGAUUGGCCAGAUGCUGGCGCUGAUUUACGCCGAGAAUCGCAAGUGCCUCCAGACACAUUUCUCCUCCUGGUACAAACUGGUUCUGGAUCAGAGAGUCAAGAUGGGCAAGGCCAGAGCGCUAGCGGAUUGGAAGCUCCAGUUGAAGGUGUUUCGGGCCUGGAGAGACUCCACCUGGUCCAGCAAGUUGGAGCGAGAGACCCACAAACUGGAGACGGAUCUGAGAGAUCAGAACAGAAAGCAGCAGGUGGCACAGGAAAGUUACCAGAGGCGCCUGUUGCGUCACUGCCUGGUGGAGUGGCAGCUCUGGAGCCGAGCAGAGAAAGAGAAGAGAGAGCUGGAGGCUCGGAAAGAGGAGACCAAGAGAAAGAUGGCGGCUCUGCUAGAUGCAGCCUCCUCCCGUGGAGCUCCCAAAGAGUCACCCAUAACUCACAUGGGGAGCCCUCCCAGCGGGGAGCAGAGGCAGCUGAGCAGCGGUACUAUUGCAGAGAGCGCCCCUCUGACACCUGUUGCCAUGACCAAUCACUGCCCAGCCGAGCCAGCGAAGGCCCCCCAGCAUGCCUGGCAGAUAACACGGGAGCACGCAGCGCUGACCCCCGAGGAGCUGCUCCAGCACCGGCCGCAGGCUCCCAGCCUGACUCCCAAGCGCCAGCCCACUGGGCCCACAAGGGUCGCUCCCUACGGGGAGAACUUUGAGCACCGGCACCAUUUCCAGCAGCAGCUGAUACAGGAACAGAGAAGGCAACUGGAGGAGCAGAAGCAAAAGAUCUUAGGGCUGAUGGAGAACCAAAGACUAAUGGUAGCCAAGCAGGACAACCUAAAAGCCACAGCCCUCACUGCUGCCCUGUCCAACCCGACUCCCAAUCCCAGCGAGACGCGUAGAAAGGCAAGCAACCCCGGAACUGAGGGGCCCGAUGCUGCGCGGAAUGUGGCCCCACCCAGCUCCGACGCCCGGAAUUGGAGUCCUCCCCAGAGUGCAGUGUCCAGCACCAGGCGGCCCAAAGGCUUCAGCACCAGCCCACACCCUGCCAUUAAAGCCAUGGAAGGAAGAGCGGCUCAGAGAGCAGAGAGAAGGAAAGAGAUGGAAGAACUAAAACGUAAAAAAGAGCAAGAGAAAUUGGCCCAGAUGAAGGCAGAGGAAGAGGAGCGACUGCGGAAGGAGGCGGAGGAGAAGGAAGCUCAGCUGGAGAAGAGGAGGGAAGAGAAGAGGCUGCAGAAGCAGAAAGAGAAGGAAAAGCAGUUGAAGCUGCAGAGGGAGCAGGAGCAACUGGGACAAGCCAAGGCCCAAUAUGAGAAGAUGCUCCUGAGGUCCUGGGGCCUGGAACCCUGGAAGAGGCUGGUGGCCCAGUCUAGACAGAACCUAGAGAGAGCAGAGAGGCACCACGGCUGCGUAAUUCAGAGGCGGAGCCUGUUGGCCUGGCGACAAGUGGUGUCCGACAUUGUGAGGGACAAGAGGUCCCGGGCUGAGCGGCUGUGGGACAGGAUCCUGUUACGUAGGAGCUUCCGGCACUGGUGCAAGUACAAAGAUUGUCUGUCCCUCAUGGAGGCGAGAGCAGCCCAGAGGUACAAGGCCUCUCUCCAGCGGAAGGCAUUCCUGGCCUGGUUGGACUUGGCCCAAGAGGAGAAGAUGGCGCUGUGGGAAAAGCAGAGGAUGGCGGCAGAGCACAGUCAGAGGCGCAUGCUGCUCACAGCGUUUAGGAUCUGGAGACGUUUCCCCCAAUAUAUCAGGGACGAGAAGCUGAAGGAAGAAAGGAGAGAGCAGCUGAGGAAGAGGGUGGCGGAGAUCCUCCCGGAUUUCAGGAUGAGCCCAGUGAGCUGAGAGACGUUGUUUGAUUGGGCAGAUCCAUUACAGCAGCCUUGUCUCUUCCUGAUGCGCUGGGGAUAACUCUGUGAUGCACCCAUGGGUGCCACCAAUGAGCACUUAUAAUGGGUCCAGAUAUCCCCUGAUCAAUAUGUGAUUGUGAUUAACUGUGUGCUGUGCAGCCUGUACUGUCACAACUUAUCAUUUAUAUAAUAUAUAUAUAUAGUGUUUAUUUAUAUAUUUAAAAAUAUGUCCAUUCCAACUAUAAAGUUCCUGUGAUAGGUUCGAGGGAACAAUAGGUUGGCCAAUGAAUCCAGGGGAGCAAGUAGAUGUUUUUGUCUGGUUUUAUAUUAUAUUUAUAAAAAAAUUAUAAGUUAAAUAAAUGAGUCUCGGACUUUUAGGA